AUUCUCUUCUGCAGAGAAGCUAGCAAACUCGUCAUCAAGAAGCCAUGCUUGGCACCAGAAAAGAUUGAAGUCUUCAAAUUCCUGGAUGAUUACUGGUCGGAUUUCCGCAGAUCCUGCUUCAGAUGGAUUCAUAGAGCAGAUUACGGCAAUAAGAGAAAGAGUGAAGCAAAUUCCUGAUGAAUAUUUUGUUGUGCUGGUAGGGGCCAUGAUUACGGAGGAUGCCCUUCCAACGUACCAAACAAUGGUCAAUAGGCCUGAGGGAGCACAAGAUGAAACCGGCGCCAGCCUCACUCCUUGGUCAAUUUGGACGAGGUCAUGGACGGCUGAGGAGAACCGACACGGUGAUCUUCUGAAUAAGUGUCUCUAUUUCUCUGGACGAGGAGACGAUACCGGCAUAGGAAAGGACCCUUAUCUUUUAGCCAUUUACACAUCAUUUCAAGAGAGGGGAACCGCUAUCUACCAUGGGAACAUGGGGACACUGCCCAAGGAGAAAGGAGACCUGAAAUUGGCUAAAAUCUGCGGCACCAUUGCCGCAGACGAAAUGCGCCACGAGACUGCGUAUACUAAAUUAGUAGGAAAGUUGUUCGAGAUGGAUCCCAACGGUACCGUCCAGGCUCUUGCCCACAUGAUGUGGAGGAAAAUCAGCAUGCCAGGGGAGUUGAUCGAUUAUAUUGAUAUAUUGGAUGCCCUGGUGGAGAAGUGGAAAGUCAAGGAUCUCACUGGACUUUCAGCUGAAGGGCAGGAAGCUCAGGAAUUUGUGUGUGAUCAUUUGCCUCAGAAACUUAGAAGGCUGGAGGAGAGGGCUGAAAGAAGAGCCAAGAAAAGACAGACUAUUCCGUUUACUUGGAUCUUCAACAGAGCAGUUUAACUCGAUAAAGAAAUAUUAUAUAUAUAUAUAUAGAAGAAGCAGGCACCAGAAGUAUCAAAAUCAUAUUAAUCUUCAUGUUUCUUGCUGUGUAAAAUAAGUAGUGGAGCAUGCU